UCACGCGUCCUCCGGGCACUCGGGUCUGCACCGCCGGCCUAGCUGCAGCAUGUUGCGCGCCGCAGCCACCCUCGGGCCCCGCCUGGGCCACCGCCUCCUGUCGGCCGCCGCCACCCAGGCCGUGCCGGCCCCGAACCAGCAGUCCGAGAUCUUCUACAACAAGAUCUUCAUAGACAACGAAUGGCAUGACGCUGUCAGCAAGAAAACGUUUCCCACCGUCAAUCCGGCCACUGGAGAGGUCAUCUGUCAGGUAGCUGAAGGAGACAAGGAAGAUGUGGACAGGGCAGUGAAGGCUGCCCGGGCUGCCUUCCAGCUGGGCUCACCCUGGCGCCGCAUGGAUGCGUCUUACAGGGGUCGGCUGCUGAACCGCCUGGCCGAUCUGAUUGAGCGAGACCGAACCUACCUGGCGGCCCUGGAGACCCUGGACAAUGGCAAGCCUUAUGUUAUCUCCUACCUGGUUGAUUUGGACAUGGUUCUCAAAUGUCUCCGGUAUUAUGCUGGCUGGGCGGAUAAGUACCACGGGAAAACCAUUCCCAUCGAUGGGGACUUCUUCAGCUACACUCGCCAUGAACCCGUGGGGGUGUGCGGGCAGAUCAUUCCAUGGAACUUCCCGCUCCUGAUGCAAGCAUGGAAACUGGGCCCAGCCUUGGCGACUGGAAAUGUGGUUGUGAUGAAGGUAGCUGAGCAGACGCCCCUCACUGCCCUCUAUGUGGCCAACUUGAUCAAGGAGGCUGGCUUUCCACCUGGUGUGGUCAAUAUUGUUCCUGGAUUUGGCCCCACUGCUGGGGCUGCCAUUGCCUCCCACGAGGAUGUGGACAAAGUAGCAUUCACAGGUUCCACUGAGGUCGGCCACCUAAUCCAGGUUGCUGCAGGGAGCAGCAACCUCAAGAGAGUGACCCUGGAGCUGGGGGGCAAGAGCCCCAACAUCAUCAUGUCCGAUGCUGAUAUGGACUGGGCCGUGGAGCAGGCCCACUUUGCCCUGUUCUUCAACCAAGGUCAGUGCUGUUGUGCUGGCUCCCGGACCUUUGUGCAGGAGGACGUUUACAACGAGUUCGUGGAGCGGAGCGUUGCCCGGGCCAAGUCUCGAGUGGUCGGGAAUCCCUUUGACAGCAAGACGGAGCAGGGGCCGCAGGUAGACGAGACUCAGUUUAAGAAGAUCCUUGGCUAUAUCAACUCCGGGAAGCAAGAAGGGGCAAACCUGCUGUGUGGUGGGGGGCCUGCUGCUGACCGUGGCUACUACAUCCAGCCCACUGUGUUCGGAGAUGUGCAAGAUGGCAUGACCAUCGCCAAAGAGGAGAUCUUCGGGCCAGUGAUGCAGAUCCUGAAGUUCAAGACCAUAGAGGAAGUUGUUGGGAGAGCCAACAAUUCCAAUUAUGGACUGGCUGCGGCUGUCUUCACAAAGGACUUGGACAAGGCCAAUUAUCUGUCCCAAGCCCUCCAGGCUGGCACUGUGUGGGUCAACUGCUAUGAUGUGUUUGGAGCCCAGUCCCCAUUUGGCGGCUACAAGAUGUCGGGGAGCGGCCGGGAGCUGGGCGAGUACGGUCUGCAGGCGUACACUGAAGUGAAGACUGUCACAGUCAAAAUUCCUCAGAAGAACUCAUAAAGAACCCGGCUGGCUUCCUUCCCCAUCCAGUGACAGAAGGUUCACCAAGAUCAGCAACAAAACCAAGAAAAAUGAACCGUGCACGCUAAAAGUCUCAAAAGAAAGUCCCAGAAUUUGAAUUGAUAAGCAGGGUAGGGUGAAGGGUGUAUGGAGAGCCUUUUAAACUGCAACAAUAUUGCUGGCUUUCAGGGUCAUUUUAAAAAAUAGACUCAAAUAUCUUAUCCUGUCUCUCUGAUAUACUUCCUGUAACUUGCCUUUAUGAGAGAAGAAAAAGUCAUUGUUUACAAUUGUAUUAACAUUAGCAUUGAGACAACUGCUAGCACCUUGCUUUGUAAUCUGGACUAAACCUCAUUAAACACAGGCUACUCUUAA